CGUGGAUUCACAAAGAUGCAUACCGCUUCUUUUUGGUAUGCUCUUCUUUGACCAACUAAUUCUCAUUGUAAAAUCAGACUGAUCAGUAAUGGUUACUCAGCUCAACGUCAAGUGGCUCAAUGCCUUAAACUCCAAGAAAGUUAUCCUUGCCUCUUCCUCACCACGUAGGAAAGAUAUUCUCUCUCAACUUGGUGUUAAGUACACCGUUGUUCCAAGCACUUUCCCGGAGACACUUGAUAAAUCUUUGUUCAGCCACCCUUCUGAAUAUGUCAAAGAGAAUGCGCUUCAAAAGGCUCUUGAAGUCUAUGGGCGUUUGAAGGCCACUGGUGAUACUCCUGAUUUGGUCAUUGGUGCCGAUACUGUUGUCGCUCACAACUCUGAGAUUCUUGAGAAGCCCAGAUCUGAACAGGGCGCCAUUGAGAUGUUGACAAGUCUUUCUGGAUCUACCCAUAUGGUUUACACAGGUGUGACACUUAUUUCACCUCCUUCAGACGGGUCGGAUAUGCCUAGGAUUUUGACAGAUGUCGAAGGGACCGAAGUCUGGUUCCAAGAUCUUUCACCAGAGCUCAUUGAAGCCUAUGUUGCAACAAAGGAACCCAUGGAUAAGGCUGGCGGAUAUGGAUAUCAAACUAUAGGAAGCGUGUUAGUCAAGGGCAUUAAUGGCUGCUCAUGGAAUGUUAUUGGCCUUCCUGCAUCCAAAUUGUUUUUUAUGCUACAAGACUUCACUCAAAAGUAAAUUAGUUUUUGGAGCUAAUAAUAUAGUUAGUAGAUUAAAGCCUAUGGUGACUAUGCCAAGUUCCACAUCAGGCUCUGGUUAACUCAUU